AUGCCUCGCACCGCCCUCUUUGUCAUUGACAUCCAAAACGAGCUCGCCGGGAACCCGCAGACCGAAGUCCCAAGCGCCGCGCGGAUCCGUGCCGCCGGCGAGCACAUUCUCGCCGCCAGCCGGGCUCUCGCCGGCGCCGCCGCUCCCAAGGCCGACGGCCAAAAGCCCGCGCUGACCAUCUUUGUGCAGCACGAGGAGAGCCCCGAGAGCGGCGGCUCGCUCGUCCGCGGCGCAGAGCUGUGGAAGCUCGUGUUUCCGCCUCGCGAGGGUGCGGCCGACGAGAUCCUCGUCGCCAAGACGACUCAAAAUACAUUUGAAUCAAACCCAGACCUGGCAGACAAGCUCAAGGACGCUGGCGUGGACCACAUCAUCGCCUUUGGCCUGCAGAGCGAGUACUGCGUCGGCGAGACUUGCAAGGGCGCGCUGGCGGCAGGCUUCCAGGUAUCACUGCUGCAGGGCGCCCAUUCGACGUACGACGGUGAUGGAAAGACGGCGUCGGAUAUUGAACGGGAGAUUGAAGAGAUGCUGGUGAGCCGCGGGGCCAAGCUGGUGCCGUGGGAGAGCGCUGUAUCACAGUGGAAAACGGCUGGGGUGGUGUGCUAA